CUAAUGUAAAGAUAAGUGAUAUUUUACAAUUGUUUUCUUUUUGGUGAAUCAUUUUACAAUUGUUUUAGUAAAGCUUAUCCGGAAUAUAUAAGAAAGAUUUCUAAAAUUAUAUAUUUUUUUUCAACUUUGUUUUUUGACUCCUAUAAAUUGUUUAUGAUGUUUAUAAAAGGUUUCUAGAUCAAAAUCUAACACAUGGACAAGUUAAAAAUCCACAAUUUCGCGCCAUUAGUAUUUUAUUUUUUAUAGAAAAACAAACUUAAUAGUAUUUUUGUAAAAAUCGUUAAAUAGUAAUAUUCCUAUGAGGAUUAAAAAAAAAAACUACAAAAAACAAAUAAUAAUGAUUUUUGCUCGCCAAGUAAAUCACUAAUCAGUAAAUACGCCUUUUGCCCUAAAAUAAAAAUCUUUAGACUCUACAAAACAAACCCUUGCCACGUUGAUUUCUCGAUCUCGUCUACAAUGAGAAAGCCCUAAAUUUCUAUUCUUCGCUUCCCUCCGGCAAAAGAGAUUUCUGAAUUCGGUUGUUCUAAUCUCUCAAUCGUUGAGCGAUUUUGGUCGGAUUCGCAUAAAGAUUACAAGCUCUAAGAAUGGAUUCUAUACAGGUUCUAAAAGAAUGGAUUCUGGUUCUAAAGGUAUGAUCAACGAUUUGCCGGACGAACUUCUUUGUCACAUCUUGUCAUACCUCACUACAAAAGAAGCUGCUUCAACAUCUCUUCUCUCGAGACGAUGGCGUUACCUAGUUGCUUUUCUUACAAACCUUGAAUUUGAUGACUCCAUCUUUCUGUAUCCUGAUAAGAGGGUAAAGAAUCCUUUACAUGAUGAGGAAGGUUUCGUGUUAUUUGUUGAUAAUAAAAGGGUGAAGCUUUCUACAAGCUUUCCGGAUUUCGUGGAUAGAAUCCUUGAUUUGCAAGGCAAUUCACCUCUACACAAAUUCUCUCUAAAGAUGGUAGAUGAUCAUGAUCCAGUUGAUCCAGAUAGUGUCGUUCCUUGGAUACACAAGGUGUUGGUACGUGGUGUAUCAGAUCUCCAGCUAGUCGUGGAUAUGAAUGAAUGGACAUCUGAUCCGCUUCCUUCAAGGAUCUUCUUGAGCGAGACAUUGGUUAAGCUGACUAUAAAAAUUAGAGAUGGCCCUUUCAUUGAUGUGAAACAUGUUCAUCUUCCAAAGCUUAAGACUCUCUAUCUCCGGUCAGUUGUGUUUGAUGAGAAUGAUAUUGGGUUUAGCAAGCUUCUUUCUGGUUGUCCCAUGCUCGAAGAACUUGUUAUCGAUCAUAUAGGGUCGUGUGUAUGGACAUCUUGCCCUGUUUCUGUCGCGACUCUCAAGAGACUGACGUUUUGUUGCGAGAACUUGAAGUCUUGCGGUAUGCACGAGGAAAAUCCAAAUAAUGUGUCCUUUGAUACUCCAAAUCUUGUCUACUUGGAAUAUGCUGAAGUGAUAGCUAACAAUUAUCCAAAAGUGAAUUUUGAUUCACUUGUUGAAGCCAAAAUCGAUAUUUGGAUGACAGAUGAUCAGAUAGAAGAGACAUUUAGAGACAAUGAGGAAAACUAUAUGGUCGGCAAUGCAACAGAUUUUAUAGUUGGAAUCUGCAAUGUUCGGGUUCUCUACUUAUCUCCCGACACUCUCGAGGUACUCACGUAUUGUUGCAAACAAAUACCUAUAUUCAACAACUUGACUCAUUUAACUAUGAAGAGUAACCCAAAAGUUGGAUGGAAAUCUUUACAAAAGCUGCUUAAGAAUUCUCCAAAGCUUGAAACUCUAGUCUUCCAAGGACUCCUUCACAGAGAGACGGAGGAGGAGGGCGUUGCUACCUGCCUAUCAUCAAGUUCGGUGAAAGUGCUAAAGAUAUUAUUCAUAAGUGAUGACAAAAUAGAGAAGCAAAUAGAGAAGGUCAAGCACUUUUUGGUCACAAUGCCUCGUCUUGAACAACUGGUUUUACACUAUGAUUCAUCUAUUGACGGAGAUAUGAAAGUGUCAUCGCAACUUCUGAUGCUUAGUAGGUUAGCUUCACCAAAGUGCAAGGUCCAACUUAUCCCUUUAGUAACUUGAGCGUAUCAUCUACUGUUCCCACUUCGGAAGAUAUGAGAGUCCUCUUCUUUAGGAGAACAUCUAUGGUUUCUGACUUUUUGGUAUCAAAACCAUAUAUAUAUGAAUAUGUCUUCCUUCUUUCGUUUAUAUAUAGCAUCAAACUCUUAAGAACGUGUUUAUAUUCUUUUCCAGUUUUUGGUUACAUCAACACCAUAUAUGAAUAUGCCCACAAAUUCUUUAUAGUUGCUUAAAGAUCUUUACAUUAACCUGGACUAUUAUGGGUUCUUCCUUCUUUCGUUUAGCAUCAAAGUUUUUAAUUACGUGUUUGUAUUACAUUUUUUGGCCGACAAUGUAUACUACGAUACUCCAUUUGAUGAUGAUCUUAGUAUAGAAUCAACCGAACUUCAGAUGCUUGAAAAAGUAGCCUGACCAAAAUGCAGGAUUCAAGUUAUCUCUGAUAACAUCAGCUUCUCAUGAGACUUCAUGUUUUGUUUGUUUCAAUUUCCUUUUGUCGUUUUAUCUGUUCUUAGUUGAAAAGGGACAAGAAAAGUAAACAUGAGACCUAACUUGCCGCAUAA